AUGGACACAUGUGGUGUGGGCACAUGCGCAAAUGGGCACGUCGGCACAUGGGCACGUGGGCACAUGGAACGGUGUUACAGGGCACAUGGGCACAUGGAACUCAUGCCACUGGCACAGCGAGACAAUGAAAUCAAUAAAGAGUGCCUCUGUGUGAACCCGUUUGGUGUCCACCCACCCACUCGCUCGCCCACCCACUCGCUCGCCCACCCACCCGCUCGCCCACCCACUCGCUCGCCCACCCAGUCGCUCGCCCACCCACCCGCUCGCCCACCCACUCGCUCGCCCACCCACCCACUCGCCCACCCACUCGCUCGCCCACCCACUCGCUCGCCCACCCACCCGCUCGCCCACCCACUCGCUCGCCCACCCACCCGCUCGCCCACCCACUCGCUCGCCCACCCACCCGCUCGCCCACCCACUCGCUCGCCCACCCACUCGCUCGCCACCCACUCGCUCGCCCACCCACCCGCUCGCCCACCCACUCGCUCGCCCACCCACCCGCUCGCCCACCCACUCGCUCGCCCACCCACCCGCUCGCCCACCCACUCGCUCGCCCACCCACCCGCUCGCCCACCCACCCGCUCGCCCACCCACCCGCUCGCCCACUCACCCACCCGCUCGCCCACCCACCCGCUCGCCCACCCACCCGCUCGCCCACCCACCCGCUCGCCCACCCACCCGCUCGCCCACCCACCCGCUCGCCCACCCACCCGCUCGCCCACCCACUCGCUCGCCCACCCACCCGCUCGCCCACCCACUCGCUCGCCCACCCACCCGCUCGCCCACCCACCCGCUCGCCCACCCACCCGCUCGCCCACCCACCCGCUCGCCCACCCACCCGCUCGCCCACCCACCCGCUCGCCCACCCACUCGCUCGCCCACCCACCCGCUCGCCCACCCACCCGCUCGCCCACCCACCCGCUCGCCCACCCACCCGCUCGCCCACCCACCCGCUCGCCCACCCACCCGUUCUGA